AUGAACUGGAAUAAGGGUGGCCCCGGCACUAAGAGGGGCUUUGGCUUUGGAGGUUUUGCCAUCAGUGCUGGAAAGAAGGAGGAACCGAAGCUCCCACAGCAGUCCCAUAGUGCCUUUGGGGCAACCAGCUCUUCUUCUGGCUUUGGAAAAUCGGCUCCACCACAGCUCCCUUCUUUCUACAAAAUUGGUUCUAAACGGGCCAACUUCGAUGAAGAAAAUGCAUAUUUUGAAGAUGAGGAAGAAGAUUCUAGCAACGUUGAUUUACCGUACAUUCCUGCUGAGAACUCACCUACCCGCCAGCAAUUCCAUUCCAAGCCAGUAGACUCUGACAGUGAUGAUGAUCCCUUAGAGGCAUUCAUGGCUGAAGUGGAGGAUCAGGCGGCUAGAGACAUGAAGAGGCUUGAAGAAAAGGACAAGGAAAGAAAAAACGUAAAGGGUAUUCGAGAUGACAUUGAAGAGGAAGAUGACCAAGAAGCUUAUUUUCGGUACAUGGCAGAGAAUCCAACUGCUGGUGUGGUUCAAGAGGAGGAGGAAGAUAAUUUGGAAUAUGAUAGUGAUGGGAAUCCAAUUGCACCUUCCAAAAAAAUCAUCGAUCCUCUUCCUCCCAUUGAUCAUUCAGAGAUUGACUAUCCACCAUUUGAGAAAAAUUUUUACAAUGAACAUGAAGAGAUAACCAACCUCACCCCACAGCAGCUAAUAGAUCUCCGGCAUAAGCUCAACCUUCGGGUUUCUGGUGCUGCACCUCCUAGACCAGGAAGUAGUUUUGCUCAUUUUGGGUUUGAUGAACAACUUAUGCACCAGAUUCGGAAAUCUGAGUACACACAGCCCACUCCAAUACAGUGCCAGGGUGUACCUGUGGCAUUAAGUGGUAGAGACAUGAUUGGUAUUGCCAAAACAGGCAGUGGGAAAACUGCAGCCUUUAUCUGGCCCAUGUUGAUUCAUAUAAUGGACCAGAAAGAACUGGAACCAGGUGAUGGACCAAUUGCAGUGAUUGUGUGUCCCACUAGGGAGCUCUGCCAGCAGAUCCAUGCAGAAUGUAAGCGGUUUGGGAAAGCAUACAAUCUUCGAUCAGUGGCUGUGUAUGGAGGAGGGAGCAUGUGGGAACAGGCCAAGGCCCUUCAGGAAGGGGCAGAGAUUGUUGUUUGUACACCAGGUCGACUGAUUGAUCACGUGAAGAAGAAAGCUACCAACCUUCAGAGAGUCUCCUACCUUGUGUUUGAUGAAGCAGAUCGAAUGUUUGACAUGGGAUUUGAGUACCAGGUGCGGUCCAUAGCAAGUCAUGUCCGUCCUGACAGACAGACUCUCUUAUUCAGUGCAACUUUUCGGAAAAAGAUUGAAAAGCUGGCCAGAGACAUCCUGAUUGACCCCAUUCGUGUGGUACAGGGAGAUAUUGGCGAGGCAAAUGAAGAUGUGACUCAGAUUGUGGAGAUUCUCCAUUCUGGACCUAGUAAAUGGAACUGGCUCACCCGGCGUCUAGUGGAGUUUACCUCUUCAGGGAGUGUCCUCCUGUUUGUUACUAAGAAAGCCAACGCUGAAGAGCUGGCCAGUAACCUUAAGCAGGAGGGUCAUAAUCUUGGCCUGCUCCAUGGUGACAUGGAUCAGAGCGAAAGAAACAAGGUUAUUUCAGACUUUAAGAAAAAGGACAUCCCCGUCCUAGUGGCCACAGACGUUGCAGCCCGUGGUCUGGACAUUCCUUCAAUUAAGACUGUCAUUAACUAUGAUGUGGCACGAGAUAUUGACACCCAUACUCAUAGGAUUGGCCGCACAGGUCGAGCCGGUGAGAAGGGCGUGGCCUAUACCUUGCUGACACCCAAGGACAGCAAUUUUGCUGGUGACCUUGUUCGGAACUUGGAAGGAGCCAAUCAGCAUGUUUCCAAGGAGCUCCUAGAUUUGGCCAUGCAGAAUGCCUGGUUUCGGAAAUCCCGCUUCAAAGGAGGGAAGGGGAAAAAGCUGAACAUUGGUGGAGGAGGCCUGGGCUACCGGGAGCGGCCUGGCCUUGGCUCUGAGAACUCGGACCGAGGAAGUAACAACAAUGUAAUGAGCAAUUAUGAGGCCUACAAGCCCUCCACGGGAGCCAUGGGAGACCGGCUGACGGCAAUGAAAGCGGCUUUCCAGUCACAGUACAAGAGUCACUUUGUUGCUGCCAGUUUAAGCAACCAGAAGGCUGGAAGCUCUGCGGCUGGGGCGAGCGGAUGGACUAGUGCAGGGAGCUUGAAUUCAGUUCCAACUAAUUCAGCCCAGCAGGGCCACAGCAGUCCUGACAGCCCCAUUGCCAGCGCCACGAAGAGUAUCCCAGGCUUUGGCAGUACUGGGAACCUCAGCAGUGCCCCGGUGACCUACCCUUCUGCCGCAGCUCCGGGCGUCAACAACACAGCUUCAGGGAGUAACAGCCGAGAAGGGACUGGGGGUGGCAAUGGGAAAAGAGAGCGAUAUACUGAGAACCGGGGUGGAAGUCGUCACAGUCAUGGAGAGAGUGGCAAUCGGCAUGGUGAUAGUCCACGUCAUGGAGAUGGGGGUCGCCAUGGAGAUGGGGGUCGCCAUGGAGAUGGAUACCGCUACCCAGAGAGCAGCAGCCGUCACACUGACAGCCGCCGUCACGCUGAUGGUCAUCCUCACGGAGAAAACAGGCAUGGAGGGGGCGGAGGCCGACACGGGGAGAGCCGGGGUGCCAGUGACGGUCGGAAUGGUGAAAGCAGGAAGGAAAGUUGUAAUCGUGAAAGCAAGAUGGACCCCAAGGUGGACAGCCCCAAGGUGGACAAGAUGGACAGCAAGACAGAUAAGACUCCUGAUGGUUUCGCUGUCCCUGAGCCACCCAAGCGCAAGAAAAGUCGAUGGGACAGUUAG